GCAAAACCGCCGGCUUUUACCCACAGAAAUUCCAAUCAAGGUAUUUUCCAGAGCAGGGGAGUUGGAACCAGGCCAGCAAGCAGGAACAGGGUGACAGCCAAGAUUCUUGAGUGUCCUGAGCUUGGAAUACAGUUUGGAGAGGAGGAACACAUGGCUUCAUGGUUGGACCCUGACCUGAGAGACCAGGGCUCGAAUCCCCACCCAGCUGUUAAGCUCACUGGGUGACCUUGGGCCAGUCACUGCCUCACACUGCCUUAAAUAACCUUCCUCACAGGGUUGUUGUGAGGAUAAAAAUGGAGAGGGGGGAACUAUGUAUGCCUCCUUGAGCUCCUUGGAGGAAAGUUCCUGAAACCGGUCCAGUAUGGACACUGGACAUUAUCUGCAGAGGAUCGGGUACCGGGGCCCCACCCAGCCUUCCCUGGAGACCUUGUGCCAUCUCCACCCUUGCCACCUCCUCUCUGUGCCCUUUGAGAGCCUCGGCAUCCAUUGCAAGGAGCUCAUUGUCCUGGACUUGCCCCUUCUCUACGACAAGAUCAUCCGGCGCCAUCGGGGAGGCUUCUGUUUCGAGCUGAACGGCCUUUUCCUGUGGCUACUGCAGGUGUUAGGAUUUGAUGCCAAAGCUGUGGCUGGGCGUGUCCGGAACCGUUUCACGGGGCGUUAUGGUCCCCCGUUGGACCACAUGGUUAUUUUGGUGCAGCUGGAUGGGCAACGGCUGCUCUGCGACGUUGGCUUUGGUGAAGGUUUUAUGGAGCCGUUAGAAUUGAAGCUCGCAACGGAGCAAGUCCAGGAAGGGGGGACUAAGCAGAAGGGCUUGCAGAAUCUCACCAAAGGUAUCCGUGAGCAGCCUUUCCCUGGCUGGGCCCCAGCAACUGGCAGUCUGCAGGAGGUGUUGCGGCAGCCUGAAUACUAUCCAUGUGGAGAUGCACCAAUGUUCGAGGGCACCUUUGUGCAGGUAACCAAGAGGGGUGAAUACGUUGGCAUCCACGACCAGCCCAAUGUAAUCACCAUGGGUGUUUUAGCCAGCAGCCCAUCUCUACUACUUCCUGACCAGAUGAUCAUGGCCCAAGUAAAGAAAGGUGUCAAAAUCACAAAGGCAAAGGUGAAAGACCUGGAGAUCACUCGGUUGAUCCCUCUACACCUGGUGAAGAUUUUUGUGCAUAACGUGGAUGAGCGACAGCUGAAAGUAAAGUUGGCAACAGGGCAAAUAUAUUAUCUGCAACUCUGUGCCCCCAAAGGGGAUGAGAACUUCCUCUUUGAGCGCUGGAUUCGCCUUGCUUACAUGUUGCACGAGGCCAGCGGCAGGAUCAGUGCUCCAGUCAGCUUCACCUCGAAGGAAUCGGGGCUUCACACGAUACGGACGAGUGCUAGGUUGCGUGCUACAUCUGAGAAGGAGCCAGAUGUCCAAGAACAAACUGAAAAAGGCUCUGAGUUCAGCUCGACAAACAAGCAGCCUUACUUUUGGAACCAUCUAUAGUGUCCUGUCCUCAUCUAUGGAGAAACUGAAACUGUCAAAAAGCAGGGAAGAUUCUAAGCAGGUGGCUGUCAAGCCUUCCAAACGUGUAACAAUCUCAGGCGUGAUUGGCCCAUCAGGGAAAAGUGUCCCGGAGGAGAAGAAGGAGGAAGAAGAGGCAGGGAAUCCUGAGCUCCACACAGUUGACAAUCUGAGGAUGGAUGCAGGCUCCAGUGCAGCAGCUAUGAUGGGGCAGAUACAGACCGCCCACCCCCACAGUCCCACGCUUCAAUGGGAGAAGGAGCCCCUGAGGCAAAGAGUCCUGCAGUUGGGGGUGGCAACUCAGAAGCAGCUGAAUUCUCAAGGCCAGGCAGCCAGAUCAUUGCCAGGGAGCCUGGUGUGGCAAACGUGACUUCCCAGAAGUCUGACCAGAUCAAGGAUGUGGGACAGCCCAGCACUCCCCGCCUGGAGGAUCAGGGUUGCCAGGUCUCCGGUUUCCUUCUGGAGUCUCAGGGGAAAAGGAGCCGUCUCCGGCGUUUAAAAAGGUGGAUGUCCUGCUUUUCAGCAGCCCCCUCAGCCACGCAUGCGUGAUUGACACACGCAUACGUUGGGCUGUGGCUGGCCGCCUUCCCGCCCUUUCUCAGUCAGCCAGGGACUGCAGACACAGGAGGACGAAGCGGCUGCCAGCAGGUGCCUCAAGAAGACUCGAGCUGCCGCCGUCAUUGCAUGGAAGCUGCCUUGGCACUGGGUCGACAAGCCGAAAGGAGUUCA